AUGGGGAAGAAGAAGAAGCUGAGGCUGCAAAACCAAGGCUCCCAUGUUAUAUUGGACAAUGGAUUGUUGAUGGUGACCAUAUCCAACCCCCAAGGCUAUGUUAGUGGCAUCAAGUAUGGAAACAUGGACAAUCUGCUAGAUGUCAAAUCCAGCGAAUCUAAAAGAGGAUAUUGGGAUAUCAACUGGAGUUGGCCUGGUGGCAAGGACAGAUACCAAUUGCUUAAGGGAUCUGAGUUUAAUGUCAUCAAUGCAACUGACGACACGAUCGAGAUAUCGUUCAGGAAAGCUUCUAAGUUGUCCUCUAGGUACAUAAUGAGGACUGGUAUGCCAGGCUUCUACUGCUAUGCAAUCUACGAGCACCCAUCGGGUCAAAUUAGGUUCCACUACAUGGCAAUUUCAGACGAGAAGCAAAGAAUAAUGCCAAUGCCAGAAGAUUUGCAUCCAGGAAGAGGUGAAGAACUAAUUGUACCAGAGUCAGUUCUGCUUGUAAAUCCCAUUAAUCCUGAUCUGAAAGGAGAGGUAGAUGAUAAGUACCAAUACUCAGUGGAUAACAAAGAUGGUGGAGUUCAUGGAUGGAUUAGUUCCAGCCCAAACAACAUAGGUUUCUGGGUAGUUUUUCCAAGCCAUGAGUUCCGAAAUGGCGGUCCAACAAAGCAAAAUCUCACAGUUCAUACCGGUCCUACAUGUCUUGCUAUGUUUCAUGGAACACAUUACAUUGGAGAAGAUAUACUUACACAUAUUAAGGAAGGAGAGGCAUGGAGGAAGGUGUUUGGUCCUGUUCUUGUAUACCUUAACUCCACCUCAGAUGUAUCAGAGGCUCACAAUUUAUGGAUGGAUGCAAAAGAACAGGAAAAUGAACGUGGUUCCAUUUCAGGAAGACUGUUAGUCCAAGACAGGUUUAUUUCAAGUUCCCCCAUCCCUGCGAGAGAUGCACAUGUUGGUUUAUCUGCUGCUAGAGAAGAAGGUGGCUGGCAAAUAGAGAGCAAGGAAUAUCAAUUUUGGGUACAAACAGAUUCCAAUGGAGAUUUCACUAUCAGAAACGUUAUUCCAGGAGUCUAUGGACUUCACGGUUGGGUUCCUGGAUUCAUUGGUGAUUAUCUUCACCAAUCACUAGUAACAGUAUCUGCAGGAUCUCAUACCCAUCUUGGCAUUCUGACCUAUAGUCCCCUCAGAGAUGGUCCUACUGUUUGGGAGAUUGGUUUUCCUGAUCGAACAGCUGGUAGCUUCUAUGUUCCUGAUGUGAAUCCGAUGCAAUAUAUCCUGUAUCUGAUUGUGUACCAAAUCCAGGUUCAGGCAAUAUGGUUUAUGGGAGGGAUACAGUGA